GGCGUCUUUUUCAGUUCAUUCGUGUAAAAUUUCGAGCGCUGAGCAGAAGUGUAGACCGUGGAGGAAAUCCCCCAGAGCAAAUUACGCUUGAAUUCCGUGUAGCAAUCAUUCCCAACGCGGCAGCAACCAAAGUGCCUAGAGCAUCUCGCCAACGCAGAUAACGCAGCAACAGAAAAAAAAUCGAUUGAAUAAAAAUGGCUGGAGGCAAAGCAGGCAAAGAUUCCGGCAAGGCAAAGGCGAAGGCAGUUUCACGAUCGGCGCGCGCGGGACUUCAGUUCCCCGUUGGUCGCAUCCACCGUCAUCUUAAGAGCCGCACCACAUCCCAUGGACGCGUCGGAGCCACGGCAGCCGUAUACUCUGCUGCCAUAUUGGAAUACUUGACCGCCGAGGUCCUCGAGUUGGCUGGAAACGCAUCAAAGGAUCUGAAAGUGAAACGUAUCACUCCUCGCCACUUACAACUCGCCAUUCGUGGAGACGAAGAACUGGACAGCCUGAUCAAGGCAACCAUUGCCGGUGGCGGCGUCAUUCCGCAUAUACACAAGUCGCUGAUCGGAAAGAAGGAGGAGACUGUCCAGGAUCCGCAGCGCAAGGGCAACGUCAUUCUGUCGCAGGCCUACUAGUAGGACGCUUUCAAAAUGUGCGAAAAUUAAUGUUAAAUUCAGAAAUCCAAGGAAGAGACAGAUAAACAAACCGACGAGUUGUAAUCAUUUCUGUGCGUUCGCACACACUUUAUAUACUACAACGUAAUACAUAAUUAUGUAACCCUAGCAUCUCCCCAAAACACACACACAAUGCAUACAACAACAUACACAAAACACAACAAAAAAAUACAAAAAGAAAAAAAAAACACGAAACGUAUUAGCCCGCGCACACUUAAGGCGAGGUUAAAUAUGAAAGAAAAACAAAUCUUAAUUUAGAGAAAAAUAACUACACGAAUAAAUUUAAUAAAAAUUUAAAAUAAAA